AAUUCCCACAAUCCUUUGUGCUUCCUUUUCCUGCUUGUAAUCAUGGCGGCUGUGGUAGCGGAGCGUGCUGCGGAUCUGAAAGAAGUCCCAAAUCGGGAGCUAAAUGGUCAAGCGGAGGAGAAAGAAGAUGCCGACCCCGUUGAGGAGACUGUCAAGAAGAAGAAGAAAAAAAAGAAGAAAAAGGGAACAACAGGUACUGAGACAGAUGGCCAGGAUGCAGUUACAGAAGUGACCAAGCAACUUGAAAAACAUGCCAUUGAAGACAAAGACAAAGACGAGGAUGGUGAAGAAGAUGCUGAUGAAGAUACUUCAGGGAAGAAGAAAAAAAAGAAAAAGAAGAAGAAAGGACCCAAAGCACAAACUGAUCCACCAUCUGUGCCAAUUUGUGAGCUAUAUCCAAAUGGAGCAUACCCAAUUGGACAACUGUGUGACUAUCCAGUAUCACAAGACGGUCGCAGUGCUGUUUGGCGUAUGACCAAUGAGGAGAGGAAGGUCCUGGAUCAAGCCAAUGAUGAGAUGUGGAAUGAUUUCAGACAAGCUGCUGAGGCCCACAGACAGGUCCGACAGCAUGUGCGUGGUUUUAUUAAACCUGGCUUGACUAUGAUUGAAAUCUGUGAACGGCUAGAGGAAUGUUCUCGCAAACUGAUUAAGGAAAAUGGGCUAAAUGCCGGUCUAGCUUUCCCAACUGGCUGCUCCCUCAAUCAUUGUGCUGCCCACUACACCCCCAAUGCUGGAGACACGACUGUGCUUCAGUAUGAUGAUGUCUGCAAAAUUGACUUUGGCACUCACAUCAAUGGGAGAAUUAUUGACUGUGCAUUUACUGUCACUUUUAACCCGAGAUAUGACAAACUAUUGGAGGCUGUAAAAGAUGCCACAAAUACUGGGAUUAAGAAUGCUGGAAUUGAUGUACGUCUAUGUGAUGUCGGAGAGGCAAUUCAAGAAGUUAUGGAGUCCUAUGAAGUAGAACUAGAUGGCAAAACAUACCAAGUAAAACCUAUUCGAAAUCUGAAUGGCCAUUCAAUUGGCCAGUACAGAAUACAUGCUGGUAAGACUGUGCCCAUUGUCAAAGGAGGGGAGGCAACAAGAAUGGAGGAGGGAGAAGUCUAUGCCAUUGAAACAUUUGGCAGCACUGGGAAGGGCGUGGUUCACGAUGACAUGGAGUGCUCUCAUUAUAUGAAAAACUUUGAUGUUGGUCAUGUUCCCAUCAGAUUGCCAAGAGCGAAGCACCUGUUAAAUGUAAUUAAUGAAAACUUUGGCACUCUAGCAUUUUGCCGCCGUUGGCUUGACCGCCUGGGUGAAAGCAAAUAUCUUAUGGCUCUGAAAAACCUGUGUGACCUGGGAAUUGUGGACCCUUACCCUCCACUUUGUGACAGCAAAGGCUGUUACACUGCUCAGUUUGAACACACCAUUCUGCUCCGGCCCACCUGUAAAGAGGUGGUGAGCCGUGGAGACGACUACUGAGUCCACUUUCAACAGUCACUACCCCACCUGCUCACACAUCACCUGCAGUCAACCAGUCAGUGGGAGUGGCAAAGUAAGCCAUGUGGUGUUACCUCAACAGAGGGGUGGUCUGGUUCUCGGACUGGUGUCAAAGUUGUCUUUAAAAUAAUAGAAAAUGACAAGCUUGUUCUUUAUAUGAGGAAUUGUGGAAAUUUCAGAGCAAUGUCUUGCAAAUUAUACAAAAUAUACCUUUAACUGUUUAACAGUUAAAAUAUUUCUUUUGCUGCUGCAUUGGUGCAUUCUAGUAUUCAAACUCAAGGUGAGCAUGGGGGGAGGGGACACCUUUACCAGUUUUCUUUUAGCUUUGAUGUCACCACUUGGAGUCCUCAGUGCUUGGUGCUCAAGUUCUAUUAAGCACCUUUGUACUGAUGGGGUUCAAUAGUGGUCAGACUAAUCCAUGGCCAGAUGAAGUUGCAAACUUGGAGAAUUGAGAUUGUUGCUGAAAAUAAAUUUUCCUACAUCACAUAUUUGCAUAUGGAUGUGUGGCUUUUAUUGCUACGUGGAUAAACUGCACUCUGGUCCUCACUUUCUUUGAUAUUUGUAAAAUAUCUUUGAAAUGACUUGCCACUAUUUCUUCAAAAUAAAUACUUCAUUAACAAA